AUGAAUGCUUUGACACGGCUCACCGGGCUACGGAUAACACCCAAGGUUGUUUUUUCUAGUUCCUUCUCAACUUUAUCAUUUUCAAGAGGCUUCUAAUUGGAGCUACUUUUGGAGGAAGCGCAAUCGUAACUUACAACUCGAUAGACAAUUUACAGGAUCUCAAACAAAUUGGAAUAAUCCGAUUCGGAAGAGCAGCCUUUGCGGUAAAUUGAGUUAUUGAUGUUCACUCCAUAAAUUUGAAGACUCUUACUCUAGGUCGGCAGUAUAGUUGUGGACUACAAAAGCUCUCUUCGAGGCUUAGUUGAGCCAUCAGAAGAGUACACCAAGACGAUGAAAUAUUGCCACGAGAGAAGUGCUCGAAAACUCCUCGAUUUGGCGUGUGUCAAUGGCGGAGUCUUCAUUAAGGUUCUUUUGGUUUUCUUCCAAUAAAUAAUGAAUUUUUUGAGGUAGGACAGCACUUAGCAUCUUUGGAAUACUUGAUUCCGUUGGAAUACACGGAUACUCUCCAAGUCUUGACUUCAAGAGCUCCACAAGCGUCGAAAGAAGACGUCGAGUUUGUGAUUGAAACUGAACUAGGCUCAAAGGUCAACAUUCUAAUGGUGUAAUAAAUCCAUCAUGACUUUUUUAGUCCAACGAAAUAUUUUCCGACUUUUCUGAUAAACCUGUCGGCGCAGCUAGUUUGGCGCAAGUUCACUCUGCCCGGCUCAAGGUUUAUUUUCCAUUAUCAAGUGUCUCUCAACUGAAAGUUUCAGAGCACGGGGCAAAAAGUUGCUGUGAAAGUGCAACAUAGAAGAGUGUUAAAGAACAGUAGGACAGAUAUCAGUACUAUGCAGGUUGAUAUUAUUUCUUUGUUUGUAAUUGUUCAAAUUCUCAGUUUCUCGUUAAAGUAGCUGACGCAAUAUUCCCCGAAUUCAAACUCAUGUGGUUGGUUGAAGAAGUGAAAAAGGUAUUUUUCCAUUUUGAAACUUUUUUGAAACUUUUUUUUUGAGAACUUGCCGAAUGAACUCGAUUUUCUUCAUGAAGCAAAAAAUGCCGAAGAAGCCGCCCGUCGAUUUAAACAUUUAAGAUACCUGAAGGUCUUUUUUUCUGUUUUUUCGAGUUAUUUUCAAAUGUUUUCAGAUCCCAAAAAUAUUCUACGAAUACAGUACGAAGCGGGUCUUAACAAUGGAAUUCUGCGAAGGGGCUCACAUCGACGACUUGGAGUACAUGCAGAAGCAUUCCAUCAACACUAGAGACGUGGGAUUUUCGGUUUUCUAUAGAUCAAUCGCUACAACUUCUGAUGAUUGUUAUAACGACCCUUUAUGAGAAUAAUUGCUCUCCGAAAUGAGUUAUAAUUGUUAGAUUUAAGAAUUUUUUUAUGUUCCUCUGAAAAUUUUCAAUCCCGUUCGUUAAACAAGCAUAUGAGUUAAGGAAAAUUAUUUUUAGGGCUUCAAGAACUUCAAUCUGGAAAGCGUAGCUUUUUUCUAGUUUUUUUCUGAAUACCUUAAAAAGCUUUUCUUCGUACCAAAUUGACGGAAAUAAUUUCGCUCAUUUGAAAAUGUUCAAACCCAUUAGUUAAACACGUGUACAAGACAAAAAAUUUUUUGAAGGUGUGCACAAAAAUCGGAAGGAUGAUCUCGGAGAUGAUUUUCCUGCAAGGUUAUUUGCACUCGGAUCCGCAUCCUGGAAAUGUUUUGGUCCUUCACAAAGGCAAAGGAAAGUUCGAGAUCGUACUACUCGACCACGGCUUGUACUUGGUCAGUUGAAAGGAAAGAAUGAGCAAAUGAAGUAUAACAUAUUCCUGAUUUUCAAAAAUAGUGUGCUCAAGGAGUUACUUAUAAAAGUGAAUCAAUAAAAUUAAAAUGAAUCAUAAGCAACGAGUGAAAAAUGAAACUUAUUUAGAAAUAAAAUUAUGUUUGAUCUUCUAAUUAGAACUCUCUUGUACAAACCUUUCAAAUUCACAGUUUUUUCUCAGUUUUGAAAAAAUUUUGCAAAUGUAAAAAAGCUCCGGAUAAGGUUAUGAAUAGUUGCAAUAGAAAGUUGUUAUUAUAAGUUUUCAAACGAUCGAUUCAGAACAUCAGCGAUCACAUCCGCAAACUGUACACCGAUUUGUGGCUCUCUAUUAUGAAGCCGGACCUCGAAGGAAUGAAGGUUGAGUUCUUCCGAGCGAAUAUAUGUAUACCUUUGUUCAGAGAGUAGCCAAUCAAAUGGGCGUCGGAGAAUUGUACGGCCUUUUCGCCUGCAUCGUCACCAGAAGGUCGUGGAAGUCGGUAACUGAGGGCAUCGUCAAAUCCAAGUUGGAUGCGAGCGAAGUAACAACAAAAAAAUCUUGAUUGAAAGUUGAAAGUUUAUUUUUUCAGACGGAUGAACUUCGAAUGUACGCCGCGUCGUUGAUCCCGCAGAUCAGUGAAGUUGGUUUAUUAUAUUUAUAUUCAGGACCUUUCUAAAAACAUUUUCCUGUCAUCUUCUUUUCGUUAAAAGCAUAUCUUCUGUAUGGAAGCCCUCUUCAUGUUGAGAUAAAAAGAUAAACACUUUUUAACGUAUAGACUUUCAAAAGUUCAGCCUUUUCUAAUGAAAAAAAAAAAACUUUAUCUUAGGUCCUGGCACGAAUGCCUCGGGAAAUGUUGCUCAUUCUGAAAACAAACGAUCUGAUGAGGAACUUGGAGCAGAAACUGGGAACCGCAGGAACCAAUGACACUCAUAUUGAGGUUUUUUUUUAAUCGAAAAUAAAAGCAGAAUAAAAGGGAUUAGAUGAGCCGUUGCGUGGUCCGCUCUUCCUACGAGUUGGCCUACCAAAGAGCGAAUUCCCGAUUUGUCAAGAUCGCAACUUUUUGCGCCAUGUACUGGGCCUUGUUUAAAAUCCGAAUAUAUCACAUCUACCUUUCAAUGUAUUUUUCACUCUCUGCUGCCUGA